AUUGUUUUCAGCCCUUGGUGACAGUGAGAGCGCUCUCAGCCGGGCUGCUGGGUGUUGGUAGUGGAUCGUCGACAUUUUGUUUGUUUAUUUAUUAAACGGGCAAGUCUCUGAAAAAAAAAAAUUGGAGUCCUCCAUUUCAGGAGUCUACCAUCUUUUGUUUUGUUGGCGCUGCAACGGGAGGUUUUUAGUUCGAUUCCUCUGUUGGGGAAAUUAAAGAUGAGCAGCCAGUACCAGCGCAGUGUUCCGUUCGAGGUCAGGAGAUUGGAGGGGGAGCGAGUUCGUGCCAAACAUCCUGACAAAAUUCCGAUCAUUGUAGAGAGAAAUGGUAGAUCACGUGCUCCUGAACUUGACAAAAAGAAAUACCUCGUUCCCUCAGACCUGACAGUUGGCCAGCUGUGCUUCCUGAUCAGACAGCGAAUAUCCAUGAGGCCAGAAGAAGCUCUCUUCUUUUUUGUGAACAAUUCCCUUCCUCCUUCCAGCUGCCCGCUUUCUGUUGUGUAUGAGGAACACCAUGAGGAGGACCUGUUCCUGUACAUGACCUACAGCAAUGAGAGUGUGUACGGUGCCUGAGAGGAUAAAUAAUAUGGAAUGAAAGGAAGAGGGAGCCAGUGUGGACUUUUGUAUGUGAUGGAGGAAAGGAUGGGAUUUAAACAGUGGUGUUGCGAUGCUUUUAUUGUUUUACCACUAUUAAUCCGUUUUGUAUGAAGCUCAACUUAUAUCAUUGAAUGCCAGUAUGGUUUGAAGGAUGUAACUGGGCUGUGUUUAACUACUAUGGGUUUAAUUACUUUUAACUAUGAAAGUAAGGCAUUGUAAUAUAAAUAUAAGUGAUGAUGAAAGAGAUGUGAACGACAAAAAAAAAAAUGAAUGAGGACAGUUUCAAGAUCAUGGUGCAGUAUAGAAUUAUCCCACAUUUCUAUGAUUCAGUCCCAGGAGUGACUCACUGGUAUUUAAUGAAAAUAUUUUUAUAAAGGUAUAUGAGAAGACAGUGUUGGUGUGUAUUAUUAUUAUUAUUAUUAUUAUGAAAGCAAUUAUCAAGUGUGUGAUUAUGCCCAAAAUGUAUCAAAAUUCAGAACUUAAUAACUUCCUUAAAUACACAGUAUGGCCAAAUGUUUGUGGACACCUGACCAUCAGGUUCAGUGGGGUUGAUGUCAAGGCUCUGCAGGCCACUCGAGUUCUUUUACACCAAACCUGACAAACCAUGUCUUCAUGGAGUGUGCUUUGUGCACAGGAGCAUUGUCAUGCUGGAACAGGUUUGGGCCUCUUGGUUCCAGUGAAGGGAAAUUGUAAUGUUACAGGAUACAAAGACAUUCUAAACAAUUAUGUGCUUCCAGUUUUGUGGCAACAGUUUACGGGACAGUGCAGUACGAGCGUGAUGGUCAGGUGUCGCUGUAUAGUGUAUAUAAAACACUACAAAAACUCCCUUGAGUUUGACGUGACUAAAUCGCCAAUAUAUUGCCAACAUAUCAGCUUUAAUGAGGUCUGACUGUUAGCACUUUAAGAUGGGACAUUUUCAAAGCAACUUGAGGCAACUAUACAGAAUUCCAAAGCACACCUGAUAGUGUGGGUCUAAAUUGUAUAUGUGACAAAUAAAGGCUUCUUCUUCUAUGUAUUUUAAUCUA